CUUCCACUAUGAUGUCAUCAGAUUGCCCAGACCAAAUUUAAAAAUGGGUAAUACGUAUUGUAUUAAAGCUAAUCCUAAAAUGAACUAUCAGCAUAUAGAUUUGAGCUCUCUUGAGGUAGAAACAUGACAUCCCAGUUCUACGUUUACUUGAAUAGUAAGGAUUCUAUGGAUCUUUAUCCUUCUAACAAUAACACAAGUUUCACUGUAAAAUUACCGAGAUAUGUAUCAUUAGCUCGGGAACACUGGCAAGUUGGUUUAGUGGAGAUAAAACAUCCAACUAUUUACAAGACCGUUGUUAUGAAUGUACUCUGCGAUUUAUGCGAGGGAUCCAUAGCUGGUGGAGAGUAUCUCCCAUUGCUAAGACAAGUACAUGCUCAUCAGGAUCAAGUAUUUUAUUCUGCGAAUCAGCAAUCGUUUAAUCCGAUUCUAUAUAAAACAAUUAUACCUUCCGGAUUUCAACACAUAACCAUUACUAUAAAAGCUGCAAAGGGAACUGGUGACCUUUCAUUCAACGAGUUGCCAUUCUACUGCGCUCUUCACUUUAAA